UCGAAAUUCGCGGAUUCCGAACGUGGUUCAGCAAUUUGUUUUAUUAAAAUUAAUUGAGACUAAAUGGUUGAUUGGGACUAUUUCAGUUUUAAAAUAGUUUUAGAUACCCUUUAAUUUACUACCAAUGUAAGAAUACUGUAGUAAAAUGGAUAAAUCCAAGUUGUUAUCGGGUGAAGAAAUAGUGGAUAAAGGUGCUAUCAAGAUCGAUGUGACUUUACCUGAGGUAGGUCUGAAAGAUGUGAAGCCGGAUGGAUCUUGGCUGGAGGGAAAACAGAUACAAUCUGCUUUGGAGGCGAGAAAGCACUUGGUCGAGGCUGAAAGGAUCGAAAAGAGUGGUAUACUGAGCCACGCAGAGUGGCAAGAUGAGCUUAAACUUGCGGAGGUCACCAAGCAGUCUGGUAGCCAUUGGCAGUUCUUUGGACACCACCGAGAUAAGAAGCUGUACUUGAGACCUGAAGAAGCCUUGUUUUUGAUUGAAGUGAAUUGCCUGGUACUGAAAUAUAAUGGAGUAACAGUAUCACUUCAGCAAGCCUACUCCUUGUUACUUUCUGAUGACAUUACCAUCGUCCAAUACAAAGUGUAUGCUUCUUUAAGCAGAUUGGGGUACAAAGUUUUUAAACACGUCCCCAAAGUAGAACCACCAGAUAAUAAGCCUAAAAAUGACAAUUUAAAGUCUGAAGAUGUUACCAAAACCAAUGUAACAGAGACAGUUACAACUUCAGAUGAAAAAACUACUGACAAUAAGUCAGAAAACAAUGAUACCAAUGAAAAAAUGGUUGAAAACCUAAACAUUGUCAGUGAUGAACCUAAAAAUGCAAGUGAAUUGAACACAAUUGGAACAAAAGAUAGUGUGAUGGAAGUUGAAACACCUAUUAUGACACAUACAGAUGAUAAUAAACCUAUAGAAAGUGCAGAAGAAGAAAAAACUAAUGAUGAGACCUUGGAAAAAGAAGAAUCUAAUGUAAACAAUACAAUUGAAACAAAAGAUAGUUUAAUGGAGGUUGAAACGCCAAUUGUGAUAAAAACAGAGGAAAAUAAACCUAAAGAAAAUGCAGAAGGCAACAAAACUCGUGAUACCUUAGAAGAAGAAUCUAAUGGGAACAAUACAAUUGAAAAUAAUGAUACUGUGAUGGAGGUUGAAACCCCAAUCGUGACAGAAACAGAUGAAAAUAAACCUAAAGAAAAUGCUCAAGAAGAAAAAACUGGUGAUAAUAACUUGGAAGUAGAAUCUAAUGUUGAAACAAAAGAUAGUGAGAUGGAGAUUGAAACGCCAAUUGUAACAGAAACAGAUGAAAAUAAACCUAAAGAAAAUGCAGACAAAGUUAUAAUUAAUGAUAAGGAGAUGGAAGAAGAAUGUGUUAUUAUUUCUGAAGAGAAAGUUAGUGACAACACCUGUGAAGUGAAAACCAAUGAUAAUACCAAUGAGGAGACAAAUAAAGAUUUAUCAAUGGAUGUAGAUAAAACUUCAGACUCAGAUGCUAACAGUGAUAGAAGUUUGCAGAACCAAAUCCGUGAAGCAACAAUGAAUAAUAUUGAUGUUUCCGAUGCAUGCUCAACAAAUGGCAGUGAAAAUAUAGACCCUUUAAAAAGGUACUGUCAAUGGAAGUUGCAUAAACUUAUGAACCGUCAAGACAAAACAUCUAAAACAAGUAUUCACCAAAAAUUCGAGAAUUGCCCUGAUUUAUUGGAAAACCAAGUUGCUACCAUGAAAGUGCCAAAUGAUGAUUACAUUCCUCACAACAUUUACUUGAACAAAUUGUAUUAUGUUAUCAAUGUAGAGAAUAUUCGAAAGAAAAAUAACAACACAGUGUCCGAAGCAACAUACAGUUUAUCAGAUGAAGUCAACGGAGCUCAUAUUAAAAGAGUAACUAGUUCUGGCUUGACCGCCACGUCAAAUCCUCGUCCGAUGCAAACAUUUUUCCAAAAAUUCGGACCCACCGGACCUUAUAGACAUUAUGCGUACUACAGACCCAGCACUCACUAUUACCAAUUCAAUCUAUUUUACCAAAGACCCUACAUGCCCUUCAAUCCAAGAUCUCAAUUUUUCCCAAGGAUGCAAAACAUGCCAACGUUCCCUGGGUACUCUAACAACCCACCUAGAAAUACUCAAAAAAACCAGCGCAAGAGACGAAAGGCGUCACCGAAAUCAUUACAUUUUGAGGCCAUAAAAAAUUUGGCAGCAAAACUCAAACACCUGUGUGACAAUGGAAAUGUGAAACCUGAGAAUAUCCAGGCACUGCAGAAAAUCAUUACUACUUACAAUGAUAGAUAUCUCACCAAGUUACGAUUGAGUGCAGAGUAUGAAGUUGUAAACGAUGAGAACAUAGUGGAAGUGAUUGAUUUGGAUGAUGAUGAAGCAUCUACUGCCAAAAAACCCAAAAAGGGCGAGAAAUGCGAUUUGUUUCAUGAAAAUCUGAACAAAAUUCGACAAAUGGCAAACGCUCUUAGAUCAUUAGAAGUCCAAAAUAAAACAUCUGGUAGACAUCGGCGAGCACUGUCCGGUCUCAUCAAAACAUUCAACAAAUCAUUCAAAGCUGAAAUUUAUAUGAACGAAAAUUUUCAAGUGAUAGAUAAGCGGUUCAUUAACCUGGAUUCUGACUCAGAUUCUGAUUCGGUUGUUGAAGUGAAACCGAAGAAUACGGGAAAGAAACUAAGAAAUCCUUUCAACAUCCUGAGGAGGCUAGCUCGAAAUACUAGAGGCGAUUCUCUUGCACAGACAGGCAGCUCAAAUCAAGUUUCCUUAGAAAAGGCAUUCAAAAAAACAUGGGUGCCAAAUGACGAUGAUUUUGGCAGGCCUGAAGUAACUCAACGCGAUACUAUGAUUGCGCGAAUUAUUCAAACAAAGAAUGACGAAUUCAUAACAGAAUUCUAUAAAAACCAGUCAUUCGACAACUGGGUAGAUCUUAAAAUUGCAUUUUUACAAAAUAUUGAAGAUACAAAUGCACUUCUCGAUACCAGAGAAAUGAUGAACAAUAAUAACAUAGAUUUGAAGGCUUUGGUGAAACUGGAUGAUUGUACUGACAUGCUUGCCGUGUUGAAGAAAUUGAGUAUCAUAAAAAAUAAUAGUGAUAUCGAUAAAAACAAUGAUCUUUCAAUCGAUUUUGAUGUUUACAACCGAGAUGUCAAAAACUUCCGGAAGGCGAGCAGACCAAAACCGCAUUUUAGAAUUGUGUGUAUUGAAGAAACCGCUGCAUGCCCUCUCGGUGUGGACAUUGCAUCUCUCCACGCCAAGUAUGAAGACGAUGUGACCAUCCUAUUCGCUGUAGUUGGUAUUGGAUCAAUUUCCUACCUACAGAUGAACCCUAGCGAUUUGCCAGUCUACGUAUCGUGUAACGAGCUGCGGUAAACUAUUUAUUAUUACGAUGUGAUAAGACUUAUUAAUUAAGUAGGUAUGAUAUCCAAUUUUACGUAUUGAACGCAACAAACGAGUUUCCAAACAGGCUGAAAGCCUUUUGGGUUUCUAUGAAAAUGAAUAAGCACUUACUAAAUGCAUAGCGUAUAACUAUGUACCGCUCCACGACCGCUGGACCUAGUCAGUUAUGUGUGCUAUGCAUGUAUUUACAUAUUCAAAAUUAAGACAAAGUUAAGAGCUUUAUUUAACAAACGUGACAACAAUGCUAUUGGUCGCGCAACCAGAGACAAGGCACUUGAGGUUGAUGGUUGCACAAAGAUUUGUAUUUUAUCUUUUUUGUCGAUUGUCUGUAUAAUUUAACAGGUAUUUUAAGCUUGUCGCGCUGGCGUCUUGCGUAUUUGUGGGUCAGUGUCAGGAUUAUAAUAUUAUUUCACUGUUCUUCAAUCAAUGAACACAUUAGGGCGUUAGUAGCGCGACUGCAGCGCGGCAGCGGCGUUUUUAUAAUGUGAGCAUACGCUGUCACAUAGUAUGAAAUUUUCGGCAGCGCGUCUGUCGCGCGUUUAUCGCGCUGCUAGAUCGCCUAUAGUUCCAAAAUACUGAACUGUCCUAUCCAUGACAUUGACAGCGGGGCGCCACCGUCAUUACCGGAUCGCUGGUUCCGAUUUUUGCCAUGUUGGAAACCAUAUAGUUGAACGAUGGUAGCGCCCCCCUGUCAUUGAGUUUGGCGGGACAGUUCAGCGUGGGUCAUUCUCUAUCUACGUGGGUCAUCUAUAAAUGUGAAAGCGCUCUUAGUCUGAGUUUACAUCAAACGUCAUCCGCUAGGGACGCUGUACAAUCUGUCAUUCGCUAGGGGUCCUGUACAUUUAAUGUCACUUUUUUACGCAGUCACUAGUGAACUAAGCCCUAUUUCUCAUAAAAAAAUCUUCGAGUUCAAAUUUUCAGCGUACCAUUAAAUGCUAACGAACUGUCAAAUAGUUGCAAAAAACGGUUCUGUUUGACGUAACGGCACAAAGUGACGGCGACAGCAUCACGCAUCUCUUUUUAUCACACAGUGUUGCUGCUAGUGACAUCUCGCUCGCUUAGUUCUUUGUUGCUCUAUUCCGCUAGGUAUAUUAACUUUAUGGUUCACCUCAACUUUUGUUGCGCGACCUAUAAUAAUAGUUAAACCGGGAAAGCCAAGAAAAAAAAAUUUAGGUGCAAGACCAAUAUUAUUGCUGUUGUCAAUUUUCUUAAUUGGGCUCUUGGUAUUUUGUAAGAGACAUUUACAAUUAGGCAGUGACCACACUUAUAAAAAUAUGUUGUCGGUGGUCGCUCCCUAAUCUAUAAUUAAAUGUGCAUGUAUAUUUAUGUAAGUAUGUGUGAUUUUUGCAUUUUUGUUCCUCUUCAAAACCGUCUUUGAAAAUUGAAAUACUAUAAUUUUUAUUACUCCACUGGUUGUUUAAUCUUAUAUAAACACACAAUAUUUAUUAUUACAAAUAAAUAGUAAGGUUGUAAAAGUUAUUGAAGGAAAAUGUGGGCAGCUGACAUUUUUACUUGUUAAAAUGUCAUGCCUACAUUAUUCUCUAAAUAUGCUAAGAAGAACCACUUGUGUGUCCAAUUUAAUAAUCAAUCAAAAUAGUCAUGUAAUGUAGUACAAAGGGCUUAGUGUGAGUUUACAUCAAACGUCGGCACUAGUGAAGGCGUAAAAAAUGAUAUUAAAUGCAUGACGCAUUGUAUAGCGCCCCUAGCGGAUACUUUCAAGAACGAAAAUCUUCAUGGAUUUUUUAAACGCGCUCACUACUGACGACUUUUGAUGUAAACUCACACUAAGCCCUCAGUUCCAAGCGGGUCAGUACCUGGAAUUUUAACUUUAUUGUGUAUCUAUAGUAUUAAAUUCAACACUG